AUGCCCAACAGCAGCUCCAUCAGCGAGUUCCUCCUCCUGGCGUUGGCAGACACGCGGCAGCUGCAGCUCCUGCACUUCUGGCUCUUGCUGGGCAUCUACCUGGCUGCCCUCCUGGGCAACGGCCUCAUCAGCACAGCCGUAGCCUGCCACCACCGCCUGCACACCCCCAUGUACUUCUUCCUGCUCAACCUCGCCCUCCUCGACCUGGGCUGCAUCUCCACCACUCUCCCCAAAGCCAUGGCCAAUGCCCUCUGGAACACCAGGCACAUCUCCUAUGCUGGAUGUGCUGCCCAGACCUUUGUGUUUGCAUCUCUGUAUUCAGUGGAGUAUUCCAUUCUCACUAUCAUGUCCUAUGACCGCUAUGUUGCCAUCUGCAAGCCCCUGCACUACGGGACCUUGAUGGACAUCAGAGCUUGUGCCACCAUGGCAGCAGCUGCCUGGGGCACUGGGCUUCUCUAUUCCCUCCUGCACACUGUCAGCACAUUUUCACUGCCUCUCUGCCAUGGCAAUGCUGUGGAUCAGUUCUUCUGUGAAAUCCCCCAGAUCCUCAAGCUCACUUGCUCAGAAUUCUACCUUAGGGAAUUUGGACUUAUCAUGGCUGGUGUUCUUGUCUUAUUUGGGUGCUUUGUAUUCAUUGUGCUGUCCUAUGUGCAGAUCUUCAGGGCCGUGCUGAGGAUGCCCUCUGAGCAGGGACAGCACAAAGCCUUCUCCACAUGCCUCCCUCACUUGGCUGUGGUCUCCCUCUUUGUCACCACUCUGAUGUUUGCCUAUCUGAAGCCCCCCUCCAUCUCUUCCCCAUCCCUGGACCUGGUGGUGUCAUUUCUGUACUCGGUGGUGCCUCCAACACUGAACCCCCUCAUCUACAGCAUGAGGAAUCAGGAGCUCAAGGGUGCCCUCAGGAAAGUACUCUAUUAUGCAUUGUUUGCCCAUCAAAACAAUGUUCAUCAUACCCUCAAGACUGCAAAAAAGUUAGGAAAAGUGUGAUUUAUUUUAUGUGAUGUUUCCAUUUUUCCUUCCUAUUUUUUUG